CUCCCAGGAGGCACUGGGCGCCCAGAGCCCACGUGACGUCACGGCGGCAGAAGGCGCAGACGGCUCGGCUAUCCCAGCCGGUCGACUAUUGGGCCUAUGCCCUCGGACCCCGGCCCUGGCCCUGGCCCCGCGAUGGGAGCUGUUCCUUGGGGGCUGAGCUUGCCAGCAUUCUCGACCAGUCCUCGCCCCUGAAGUCAGAGAAGAGCCCCAUUGUGCCCACUCACACCCACGUCUACCCUGUUUUGGGGUCGCCUCCAUCUAUUGGGUCCUCAGCCCUAGUGGACGCUUAUUCACCAAUUAAGCAGGACAAUGAUAUUGGCGUCGGUGCUAGGGAGUGGUCCUAGGAGCGGACCUCCGCUCCUGCCCUUCCUGGGGCCUGCACUCUCGCUCCGGACCCGCUCCACAUCAGCCACCGACACGCAUCACGUGGAGAUGGCACGGGAGCGCUCCAAGACGGUCACCUCCUUUUACAACCAGUCGGCCAUAGAUGUCGCAGCGGAGAAGCCUUCAGUCCGCCUCACUCCUACCAUGAUGCUCUAUUCAGGACGCUCUCAGGAUGGCAGCCACCUUCUGAAAAGUGCCCGGUACUUACAGCAAGAGUUGCCAGUGAGGAUCGCUCACCGCAUCAAGGGCUUCCGCAGCCUUCCAUUCAUCAUUGGUUGCAACCCCACCAUACUGCACGUGCACGAGCUGUACAUCCGUGCCUUCCAGAAGCUGACAGACUUCCCUCCGAUCAAGGACCAGGCAGACGAGGCCCAGUACUGCCAGCUUGUGCGACAGCUGCUGGACGACCACAAGGAUGUGGUGACACUCUUAGCUGAGGGCCUGCGGGAGAGCCGGAAGCACAUAGAGGAUGAGAAGCUUGUCCGCUACUUCUUAGACAAGACCCUGACUUCAAGGCUUGGGAUCCGCAUGUUGGCCACACAUCAUCUGGCACUGCAUGAGGACAAGCCCGAUUUUGUUGGCAUCAUCUGCACUCGCCUCUCACCAAAGAAGAUUAUUGAAAAGUGGGUGGACUUUGCCAGACGCCUUUGUGAGCACAAGUAUGGCAAUGCCCCCCGUGUCCGCAUCAAUGGACAUGUGGCUGCCCGUUUCCCCUUCAUCCCUAUGCCACUGGACUAUAUCCUGCCUGAGCUACUCAAGAAUGCCAUGAGAGCCACGAUGGAGAGUCACCUAGACACUCCCUACAACGUCCCAGAUGUGGUCAUCACCAUUGCCAACAAUGAUAUCGAUCUCGUCGUCAGGAUUUCAGACCGGGGCGGGGGAAUUGCUCACAAAGACCUGGAUCGGGUUAUGGACUACCACUUCACUACAGCUGAGGCCAGCACCCAGGAUCCCCGCAUCAGCCCUCUCUUUGGCCACCUGGACAUGCACAGUGGUGGCCAGUCAGGACCCAUGCACGGCUUUGGCUUCGGGCUGCCCACAUCACGGGCCUACGCGGAGUACCUUGGUGGUUCCCUUCAGCUGCAGUCCCUGCAGGGCAUUGGCACAGAUGUCUAUCUACGACUCCGUCAUAUUGAUGGCCGGGAGGAAAGUUUCCGCAUUUGACUCCAUAGCCCUUGGUCUGCUUGCCUGCCCAGCCUGGGCCACACACCCUGCCAGGAUAAUUCUGGGUCAGGCACGGUACCGUCCUGCUCCACACGCUGCUGCAUCUUGGGUCUUAGGACCCCAAACAGAUGGACUUACAUGGAGCCAGGUGCUGCCCCUCCUCGACAGGGUCCAUUGCUUUCCUGCCUCCAGGCUUUGGAGGAGGGGAAGUGGGAACCUUUGAGACCUUCAGCACCAGCUCCAUCAUUCCUGUUCCUGGGGAACCCCACUUUGAUCUGCUGUUUGUUAUUAAAGUUCACAUUUUAAAUGCC